AUGUUCGAGGUUCCCAACGCGAAGAGGGUGAGGCGCGAUGAACUCUACGGCUCAUCCUCGGACGGUGGUGAUGACCAAAGCGAGCAUGGCGUCGAGGACGCAGAGGAGCGCGCCAGGCUGAACGAGCGGCUCUCGAGCAUGCUGGGCCUGGACCUCUCCGCCCCGGAGCCAGCGCCGGUGGUGCCCGGACAGGGGCCGGACGCGGCCGAAGACGCCCAUGAGCACGACGAGGGCGGCGCCGCGGGAGGAGGCCAGGCGGAGGGCACCCACGAGGAGGAGUUUGAGUUCCGGCUGUUCUCCACCGCGGCCGGGGCGGCCUCGGCGCCGGCAAAGGUGGUGCUGAGUGCCUCCGACGACGAGGACGCCGCCAGGGGGGACGGCGCUUUCGUACAGCCCGUGCGGCCGCAGAGCUACUACCUGGCCGGGGAGGCGACGCCCGAGGAGCAGGAGAGGUACCGCUGGGCCGCGGUCACGGCCGAGGACGUCGCCGCGGGCGCGAGCAAGCGGGCGUGGGGCCUGGAGAGGCCAUGGCGGGUUGUCAAGAUCUCGCUUUCCUCGAGGAAACCACCGAGCAGAACUGCCGGUCUCGUCGCUGGGGCCACAACAACCAGUGAUGACACAGCAGAGGAUGGGCCCAAGCGGAAGAGGCCGGGCAAGAAACGGAGGAUAGCUGUGAGGAUCAAGGCCAGGGCUGAGAAGGAGAGGCGGGAGGCUGAGAGGGCGAGGCGGGAGGCGGAGGAGAAGCAGAAGAUCUCCAAGGAAGAGCACCUUCUAGAGAAGAAGAAGAGGCUCAACCGGGAGAAGAAGCUGAAGCGGAGGGCCAAGGAAAAAGAGAAGAAGUUGGCUGCGGGAGAGAAGGUGCCCGAGUCCGAAGCACCCUCAUCGCCCCGGUCGGAGUAG